AUGUCAAAGGCAACUCGACACCCUAUUUACUACUUUCAUGCGUCAAGCCAUAUCUUCCAGGUUGAGAACAUACUGUACAAGCUCUGCAGUUCAAUUUUAUCUUCGGCUUCCAACGUCUUUCGUGACAUAUUUGCUCCUACACAGAACAGCGGUCAAAUAGAGCUGGACGGCAUGAGCGAUGACAAGCCCAUUCACCUCGAAGGAAUAUCCCGGGACGCCUUUGAGUUGUUUCUCGAGCUUACCUUCGGAAGGAUACGUGCUGGCUCAUAUACACUCGACGAGCUUACAAAAUUCCUCCAUUUCUGCGACAUGUACCAAUGUUGUCAUGCGCGAGAAUUUAUUGUUUCCCGUGUGUUUGCGGCACAUUUCCGCUUCCACCCAGCUCAACUAAUAAACCUGGCUAUCAAAUAUCACGUCCGUUCACUUUUCCCAUUUGCUUUUCAGCAACUCGCAGAAACUCCCAUUACCGAGAUCACCCAUGCACACCGGGAGCUGAUGGGCAACAAGGUCUUUCUAAAUGUGGUUUAUGUUCAAGCUGCCCUUGAUCACCAUCGUCGAAUUGUGGCUGCGGAGGAACCAAGAAUAUUGAUGCACUCGAAUGAUUGCGAUGACCCGGCCAGUUGCAGCGAGGAUUGGCACGCUACAUGGUGGAAUGGUAUGGGCCGUUUUCUUCUCGAUGGUAGGAACCCUCAACCAUACGGCGAUGCCGUCAAACGCUUCAAGGAUAUGUCGUUUGGCCGUGUCAGCGAGGGCUGUAAAGAUCUUAUGUUCAAAAUUCUCGAUGAGGGUGCAGCAUUCCGUCACGCAGAACACUUUAUUACCGAGGCCUGCCAAUUUCUGUUAGAGAAACUGGUAUUUGAGCCCUAACAUCUUGCUAGUAGCUACUAUUGUGUACUGGUUUACAAGGACUUUGGCAUGGUCUCGUCAUAUUUGUAGCAGCUUGAAGG